AUGCCUGCCUCAAACACUUCAUCAAACAAUAUUCAGUUCACCUUAUCAGAUGAAUCGAAGGAAAGAAUCAUUAAGGUUUUGGACUACUCAAAGACUGUUGCUCACUACGGUUUCAUUCCUUUCGUUUUGUAUUUAGGAUGGUCCACCAGCCCAACUAAGCCAUCUUUAUUCGGUUUGUUAAGUCCUUUCCCAACAGCUUAA